GGCCGGCCGGCCGCCCGGAAGCGGCCGCGCCUCCCGGAGACCCAGCCCGCGGUACGCGUCGCGCCCUCCCGAUGGCCGGCUACGAGGUGGUGAGCGUGUCCGGCUUCGAGGAGUUCAGCCGGGCGGUGGAGCAGCACCACGGCAAGACCAUCUUCGCCUACUUUACCGGUUCCAAGGAUGCCGGCGGGAAGAGCUGGUGCCCCGACUGCGUGCAGGCUGAACCAGUCGUGCGAGAGGGGCUGAAGCACGUCAGUGAAGGGUGUGUGUUCAUCUACUGCCAAGUGGGAGAGAAACCUUAUUGGAAAGAUCCAAAUAACGACUUCAGAAAAAACCUGAAACUAACUGCAGUGCCUACACUCCUUAAGUACGGAACACCUCAAAAACUGGUGGAAUCCGAGUGUCUCCAGGCCAACCUCGUGGAGAUGUUGUUCUCUGAAGAUUAAUAAGAGUUGUUGAUGGCAAUUGUGUCUUGAUUUCCUGAUUUGCUCUGGUAUAAAAGCAACUGCAUACUUGUUUUGAGUUCAUGUUAGCAAUAAAUAAAUGAAUGAUGGUAUAAAAACUGG